AUGGUAUUUACCAAAGUAGAUCAAGACUUGCUUUAUGGCAUCAAGCUUACCUCGGUCAGGUCGGGAAGAGUGACCGGUUCGGACGUGGUUCAUGACCUAAGUGGGAUGGACAUUGCCAUGAAAUUGCACUAUGUCAAAGUGGUGUACUUCUUUACCAGCCAUGCAGCUCAGGGUUUAACCCUGCCUCGCUUUAAAGAAGCCGUAUUCGAAUGCUGCUGUGACUUCUACUACACAUCUAGCCACCUCCGGCGAUCAGAGUCUGGGAGGCCAUACAUAAAAUACAAUGACUCUGGCGCUAGAUUCAUCGAAGCACACUGUGACAUGACCAUUGAUGAAUGUCUAGAGAUGAAGGGUUUCUACUCUGAUAUGCAGAAGUUGCUUGUGUCCCAACAAGUCAUUGGGUCUAAACUAACAUUCUCUCCCGCCACUACAAGAGAUUGUAUUUUUUGA